CAUACGAUUUGUUUAAUGAACCGAGACUUCGGGUUUAUCCGUAAAUGAUACGUCAAAACCCGUUAUCUUGGGCUUGUCAACCACAGUCUCGGGAUUCUAAAUCAAUAACUCAGCGUGUGCCAUAUUUUUGGGUCUGACCAAUAAUACCACGAGAAUUGGCUUUCCAGCUUCAGCUUCGAUAUCGUCGCACCGCAUCACGUUUGGAGACAUGGAGACCAGCGACGUAUCACGGGUUCAAGUUGCUAUUAUUGGCGCAGGAUGGUAUGGACUUGUUGCAGCUAGAACAUAUCUCAGGUUACGACCAUCAACGAGAUUGAUUAUCAUCGACUCUGAUAAUACUGUUGGGGGAGUAUGGAGCAAAGAUCGGCUGUAUCCGAACCUGGUAGCACAGGUACGGCAUGGUCUAUUCAAUUAUUCAGACACCCCCAUGCCAAGGAAGGAUGGCAACCCCAAAGAUCCCAAGGUGACAGGCGAGAUGAUACAUGAUUAUCUGCAGAAAUACGCAGAGGAUCACGAUCUAUUACGCUUCAUACGGUUCAACACCUUCGUCACAGAUGCCAAACAAUCUGAUGGGGGUUGGCGAUUAUCGCUCAAAGACACGACCGACGUCAUUGAGACGGAGAAGCUGUUAGUAGCUACAGGUGUCACGUCCAUUCCUAGUCUCCCAAACCUAGACUUCUCACCAAGCUCGCUACCUAUAAUACACUCUCGUGACGUUGGCACGCAUUAUAAGGACAUUGAGAAUGAAGAGAUCAAGGAAGUGGUUGUCAUUGGGGCUGCUAAGUCUGCGUAUGAUGCUGUAUACCUGCUUCUGAAGAUGGGUAAGAAGGUCACUUGGGCGAUCCGCGGGGAAGGCGGAGGACCGCUUAGCAUUUUACCAUAUAAAGUGCUUAACAUGAUUAACUCUAUCGCCUUUGCCUCGACUCGACUUAUGUCGCACCUUAGUCCCUCUAUACUAAACACUAAGGGCUUGCUUUACAAGAUAUUUCAGAAGACUCAUCCUGGCCGAUGGUGCAUUGGCCGGUUCUGGGACUUUCUCGACUUCAACAGUGCGGUACAUGCUGGUUAUAGCAAAGGAGACCACGUAGCUCUGCUCAAGCCCGAGAUCGAUCGUCAAAGUGUCUUCUGGGCACAUUCGGGGCUGGGAGUUGUUGUCCUCAACGACUUCUGGCCAACGUUGCAUAACCCUAAUCUUACAAUCCGACGAGACGUGAUCGAACAGAUCAAAGGCAAAACAGUAAAAUUCCAAUCGACGGACCCUAUUGAUGCUGAUUACAUGAUCAUGUGCACUGGAUGGGGUGACCAUUUCGGCAUAUUUGACCCAAAACACAAAGCCAUGAUUGGCCUCCCGGCGUAUGGCGAGCAUAUUGAGACGUCACCAGAGACCCAGGAUAUCGACUGGAAGACUUACUACGCGGAAGCAGAUAAGACAGUAGAUGAGAAGCUACCAUUCCUCGCUAAGCCUCCGAAACUCGCAUAUACGAAACCGUUAGACCCGGCGCUUCAGAAGAAAUGGAAUCUAUACCGACGCGUCGUCCCGGUGUCGAUGGCUGCCAAGGGCGACAGAUCUCUCGCCAUUCUCGGCCAGAUUCACACAAUUCAGACUCCUCUUGUCUCCGAGGUGCAGUCAUUAUGGGCUAUUCUGUACCUUCUUGGGGAACUCGAGUUGCCAGACGUCGAUACAAUGGCAAAGGAGGUAUCGCUGUGGAACACAUGGACUCGCAAGCGAUACCUCAAUCAGGGGCAGAAACAUACAUACUCACUUUACGACUUCAUGCCGUAUAUCGAUUGCAUAUUUGAAGACUUGAAGUUGGAUAGUCAUCGCAAGUCGAAUUUCAUAUCAGAACUAUUCAGCCCUUACGCGCCCGAGGACUUCAACGGUUUCGUGGACGAGUACCUGCGUAAGAGGAAUACAUCAAAAGCGCAGUAGACGGGACACUGUAGGAGUAAAGGAUGGUCUAUGAUAGAGAAAAGUCGCAUACAACGACAAUUAGGGCAUAACAGGGACACAUCACCCCUCAGCUUGAGCCCGGCAAGCUCCUCGGUAAACGUUAUGAAGCUCAGCUAAUGUUUUCGGUAUAUAUUAAUAAAAAUUUAAGUAAUUUCCAAUAUGAA